AGCAUCGUCAUCAACAACACUCUUUCCCCAAAUAUCUAUCUUCAAACAGUUGAGAGAUAUUUCUCACACUUUGUGGUUUGUGUUCUGUGGCUGUGAUUCAGUAUCUGCAAGGUUUAAAGAGUAAGAGAUAUUUUUUGCUUUCUAAGUGAAAGGGUCGUGGUCAUGUAUGGGAUCGUCGAUAUGUGGACAAGUGAGGUAGCCAAGCUGAAAGAGAAUGGUCAGUCCAUUUGGUCAAGUUGCUAUGUGCCAAGUGCUGCAGAAAACGUUGAUGAAUCUAGGAAAAUGCAGGAAGGUGACAAAUGGGUACCCAUUGUUGGGGUUAUUGAGUUUGUCCAGAGCUUGAGGGCCGGAGUGAAGCUUCCUGCUUUCAAGUGCUCCGAAGCUUCCUUGUCGAUGAUUCUCGACAACUUCAGCGCUUAGACACUUUUGUUAUUAUGAAUUAAGAAGCAUUGUUGGCCUUUUCUUUUUUGCAUUGUUUGUUUUACUUAGUGCGAUGAUGGCUUUUGUAUCGAAGAAGAGAGAAGCUUCUGUGUACAUUAUGGUUCUCGCUGCUUCUCCGUAAGAAAGUUGUUUACUUUCCGCCGAGACAAUUCAAUGGGAUAGCAAAACAAUGGAACCUAUGAUGUUUUUGGAUGUUUCGGCACUUCAGCCAAUUAACUCAAAUUCAACCAUACAAAGCCUCGUGUACGGAAAGGAAAAGUAAAAUUGACAGCUGUGGGAUUUGAACCCACGCCCUUUCAGACCAGAGCCUAAAUCUGGCGCCUUAGACCACUCGGCCAAACUGUCUUGGAUGUAGGAUUAUUCAAUGCUUCUUAAAAAAUAUUAAAGCAGUUUUAGUUUCCGCCCCCUGCCACGUACCCCCAACUUUAACGAGAGGCUGUCCACGUCAACGUGUAUCUCCACCCAUUUUUCCCUUUUCUCCUUCUGUUUGUAUUUGUUUAGAACCCAGCAAAUUUCAUCCUCCCCCAAAAUAAGGGGUCUUCCACGUCAGCCUUGAAACAAUCCCCGCAACUUUCGGCAAUAUAAUUUUUAUUUUGUUUUACGCUUUUUUUUUACCCUGUUCCAAUGAGCAGACGGUUACCUUUCCCGUGAAUAGUAAUUAACUAAUUAUCUUCAAACAAAAUGUUUUUACAUCUAUUUACAUUUUAUUCCAUGGGGUGUUCGAAUAUUACCAACAACAUCUAUAUCUUAUGCUAGCCCUACUCUACUGUUUCAUUAUAUGUUUGACGUGGAUUCAAAAAACAACAAAUAUCCCCCUCUCAACUCCUUCCUUUCUCUUCCUCCACCCUAACCACGACGUUCCAUCGUCUAUUUUCUUCCUGGAAAAUCCGAAUAAUUAUCACCUCAUUCAACCUUCCAUUGCACUGAAAACUUUCUUGGUGGUGACGCUCGGAAUUGUUUGCCAUCAAAGGGGCGGCUGCAGCCACAACAGGGCAUGCUGACGGAACAUUAGAUACAUAGAUAAUUAGAUAUGAUGACUCAUAUCCAGGCUAACGGUGGAAACAAAGCGGCAGAUUGAUAUGCUUUUGCGCGACUCCAUGCAUCGGCGGAGGCAGAAGAUGAAAGAAUUCCUAUAUGCGGACAGAAAAAAGAUUCUGAUGAAGGAGAUGGAGUUUCCGGCCACGGUAAUACGGUUGGGAAUCAUCGGCUAACUCUUUGAUACCCCUCUAUUAUUUAAAUUCAAAUUAUUAUUAUAAAAGUAACUACCAUGGUUUUAUUUUUACCGUGAUCCUGAUAUUAAGUAUUGAGUUGGUACUGCAUUUGCACCAAUGAUUAAUAAUAUUCCAUGGGAUGAAUUUAGUUUUUAAGGAACAUACAUCUCACUCGGUAUAUGUGCUUGAAACUUAGAAAUUGAUAUUCAACAUUAAUUCAUACCUUAUGUAUAUGAUGAUAAACUUGACAGUUUUAGUUGGCAAAUUUAAACAUAAAUUUAUACAAGUAGACAUAGUUAGCCUUCUUCGAUGGAAUGAGAAAAAAAUAUGGAGAACUGAACCAUUAUAUGUUGUACAUGUGAUAAAUGUUAAUAGAAAAUUUUAACAUAUGCAUAUAUAUAAUUCAAUGUAGAUUAAUAUUCAUUAAUUAGUAAUUGAAUGUAUUAAGUAUGUAUCAUUUAAGUCAAAGAUUAAAAAUCAUUGAUUGAUGUUGAUGGUUAGUUUGAAAUCACCGGUUACUUAGUUAUGAACUCAUAAACCUAUCUCAAGAGACGGCCAAAUAAUUGGAGGAUUUAAAAAUAUUUAAAUAUUUACAAGACAAGACACAAAAUAUAAAUAAUUGGUGGAUUUAAAAAUAUAAACAAUUGGAGGAUUUAAAAAUAUUUAAAUACAAUAAUGCAAAACUU